AUGAAUUUAGAAUUAAUAAUAUUCAGCAUACUUUUAUCAUUCAUAAAUGCUGAUUGUGGUGGAGAAUUUAAAAUAGUAUGUUAUUUUUCAUCAUGGACUGGCAUUCAUCCUGAAGCAAAAAAUUGUACGCAUAUUGUAUAUACAUUUGCACGCAUUGAAGAUGAUAAUACACUGACUGGUGUAUGGAAUAAUCCAUUGAAAGAAUUUAAAGCCAAUAAAGAUCCAGAUUUAAAAGUCUUCUUAGCUGUUGGCGGACAAGAUUAUGCUAUAAGACGAGCUAAUGAAAUGAUGUCCAAAGAUGAAUUCCGCCAAAAAUUUGUUAUCUCAACAACAAAACUUUUACGAACUCAUGAAUUCGAUGGAAUUGAUUUAAAUUUCGAACCAAGUGAAGCUUUAGGACCACCAUCAACACCUAAUCCACAAUUAAUUGAAGACAAAAAAAGAUUUUCAGUACUUUGUAAAGAUCUGCAAGAAGAAUAUGCUGAAGAAGCUGGUCGAACAGGACGAACACGUUUAUUACUUACGAUAACAAUAUCCGGAAUAAAAAAACAACUUGAAUCACGUUUUGAAUUAGAUGAACUCGCAAAAUGUGCAGAUUGGCUUAAUGUUCAAACAUAUGAUUAUCGUGGUUCACGAGACAAAAUUGCAGAACAUCAUAGUGCUUUGAUGCCAGCAGCAGGUGCUACAGAUGAUGAUAAAGAUUUAAAUCAAGAUUCAGCAAUUAAAUAUAUUAUUAGUACGGGUAUUGAACCAUCGAAAUUAUUACUUGGUUUACCAACAUUUGGAAAAAAAUUUCGUUUAACUAGUGAUCUACAUGAUCUUGGUAGUCCUGCUACAAGUGUAGGCAGUGUACCUUAUACAGAACUCUGUCGUAAUACAAUGUCUGGUUGGCAACGGGUUUUUCUCGAUGAUCGUAAAGUACCAAUUAUGAUCAAAGGUGAUGAAGUUAUUGGUUAUGAUGAUCUUCAAAGUAUGGAACUUAAAAUUAAUUAUGCUAAAGAACAACGUCUUGGUGGUAUUGUUAUAUAUCCUGUUAAUUUUGAUGAUAGUGCUGGUCAAUUAUGUAAUCAAGGAAAAUUUCCUAUUGUUUCACUUGUUAAAGAAUUAACAUCAAAUUAUACUGUAUCAUGUUUACCAUUAACAACACCACCUUUAAAUACAACAACAGCACCAAAAAAUCGUACAAAAAAUAUAACACCAAAAUGGAAAAUUCCACGUACAGAAUAUUUAGGUACUAAUUUAGGACUGAAUAGACCUCAUCGUAGAGUAUAUAAUUCAGCAUCUUUAAUAAGAUCAAUUUAUAUAAUUCAAUAUCUUUUAUUUAGCUUUUUAUUUCUUCUUGUAUAA